CAUGAGACUUUGUGCCACUCGUUCUUCCUCUGGCUGUGAAAGACUUGGGCUUUCCUUUUGAUUUCUCUCCAAAUAACCUUACAGACUCAUUGGAGAAGUUUCUUGUCUGUCCUCUUUGCGUCAGUGUUGAUUUUUGAGGGGGAAAUAUCUGUGGUAACACUUCAGUUCCACCAACACUGUUUGUUUGUCGGACAUUUGCUCUACUUCUGCAUGUUAUGUCAAUCAGAGCCCACACGUUGGCUUAAAGAAGGCUGUGGAAGCGGCUUUCCAUGGCUCCUCUCCGGGUCCUGUGCAUUCACGGUUACCGUCAGAACGGGAGCUCGUUCCGGGAGAAAACCGGAGCUUUGCGGAAGCUGCUGAAGAAGCAGCUGGAGCUGGUUUACAUCACCGCACCGCUCACCGUGCAGACAGAAGAAGUUCCUAACCAGGAGAAUAAUUCAGUUCCAGCAGCAGGGGGCGACGGAGAGCCUAGGGGCUGGUGGUUUUCUGACAUUCAGGCUCGGAGCUUCAGCGCUCAGCAGCAAUGUGAGAAAAGCUCGGGCCUCGACGACAGCAUAUCAGCGGUGAGGGAAGCCGUGAAGACCCAGGGCCCGUUUGAUGGCGUCCUGGGAUUCAGUCAAGGAGCAGCUUUUGUUGCCAUGCUGUGUUCGCUCCAGGAGCAAAAACUGGAGCUGGAAUUCAACUUCCGCUUUGCCAUCCUUGUUGCCGGUUUCCGCAGCGCUUGUGAGGAGCAUCAAAAGUUCUACGACGCGCCGCUCCAAAUCCCAUCUCUGCACGUGUUCGGACUGGAGGACAGGGUCAUCCCUGACAGCAUGAGCAGGGAUCUUCUGCCCUGCUUCCUGGACCCUCAGGUCCUCAUACAUCCCGGAGGCCAUUUUGUUCCCGCUGCAGCUGCUCACAGGCAAAUGUAUCAGGACUUUCUGAAGAGGUUCCAGUAAGACAACAAAUGCACAGAUUUUCUGUCAGAAUCUGCAACAAAAUAAAAGCUGAAUCACUGGUAGAACUCGGUCCAGACACAGAUUGGAUCUGGAUCUGGACCUUUUUACACUCUUUUGUCUGAUAAAUCUAAAAGAAUAAGAUCAACUGUUAUGCUGAGAGGUGUAACAUCAAUGUAAACUUGCUCAGGGAAAAUCUAAUGUAAAGAGCAAUAAAACGGAUUAUUUAAGAUUA